AUGUCGACGCUCAAGCGACCACGGCGGUUUGCGCCGCUGGACCCGGACAAGGAGAAUAUGCAUAACGCUCCGAAGCUAAGGGGCAUCGUGUUUGAUGUGGAUGGUACAUUGUGUCUCCCUCAGAACUAUAUGUUCCGUGAGAUGCGCGCUGCUCUCUCCAUUCCCAAAUCCGUUGACAUCCUGGAUCACAUCAAGUCUCUUUCCAACGAGCCGGAUCAUGCCACCUCGUCAGGCUCCCCUCCUGCUUCCGUCAACGUCUCGCAGGUGCUCGCCGAUACCGCGGCUCCACCAGACCCUGCACCUACCUCCCCACAGGCUCGCGCCGUCGCCGCCGUCAAGGCGAUUGAGCGUACGGCUAUGACCUCCCAACGCCCACAGCCGGGUCUCUCGGAAGUCAUGACCUACCUGGAGAAGCGCAACAUGCGCAAAGCACUGUGUACGCGUAACUUCCCCGCACCUGUGCACCAUCUGCUUGACACUCAUCUGCCCGACGUGUCCUUCUCGCCUAUCAUCACAAGGGAAACGGAAGGCAUCGCGCCCAAGCCCAGCCCAGAGGGGCUGUGGUUGAUAGCACGGGAGUGGGAACUAGACGUGGAGGUAGCGGACGAUAUGAGUAUACAAGAGAUGGCGGGAGGACGGGCAGAUCCCCUGGAGUGGGCGAGGCAGUAUUUGGGCGCGGGCAUGAUAAUGGUUGGGGAUAGUAUAGAUGACUUGCGGGCGGGCCGGCGGGCAGGGGCCGCGACAGUGCUGUUAGUGAACGACGACAAUGACAGUCUGAAGGACGGUGACGAGUGUGACUUGGCGGUUUCUAGAUUAGACGACUUGGUUCAUGUGUUGGAGCAGGGUUUUGCAGGGAGGGACUGA